AUGCGUAAUUGGGGGGACAUCCGAGUAGAUUUUCGACGAGUGAAGCUGCGAGAAAGGCAUUGUUUCACAUUCUGUAUCAAUUUUCUCAGGCUACGCAGAAGAUUUACCAAAAAGGAAAAAGGGCCAGUGUUUUAUUUUUGUAAUAUCAGAAAAGGAAAACGAAAAAUGCCGUUAAAGUGGGGCAUUGUAAGUUGCGGUAAAAUUGCGGCCGAUUUCGUUUGCGCUCUUCGCACGAUUGACGGUGACGAGCAUCAUGUGGUCGCUGUCGCCGCUCGACACCAAGAUCAUGCUCAAGCUUUCGCUGAAAAGUUCCGCGUAGCCAAAGCUUACGAUUCUUACGAAAAAUUGGCCGAAGAUCCGAAUGUUGACGUUGCUUACAUCGCGAGCAUCAACCCUAUGCAUUUCCCGCUUGCGAAGCUGAUGAUUGAAAGCAAGAAAAACGUGUUGUGUGAGAAGCCCAUGUGCAUGAACUAUAAGGAAACAGAGGAGUUGAUCGCCUUGGCUCGACAGCAUAACGUGUUUCUUAUGGAGGCUAUAUGGAGUCGAUUCAAUCCAGCUUAUUUGAAACUAAAACAAGAAAUAGAGAAAGGGACUAUCGGCGAGGUUCUAAGCGUUUAUUCAACGCUUGGAAUGCCGAUAGCGAAUGUCCCGAGGCUGAUGAGUAAGGCUCUCGGUGGUGGUGCAAUGUUGGAUAUCGGAGUGUACAAUGUGCAUAUUGCGACCUGGGUAUUUGGAACAUCGAUGCCACGUGUUGCUUCUGUCGGAUAUUUGAAUGACGAAGGAGUCGAUCGGAGCUCGUCCAUGACUCUGCUCUAUCCUGACGGUAAAUUUGCAUCUUCGGUGACUCAUACGGAAGUCGAGUUUCCAAACGAAGCUUACAUCAUCGGAACGAAAGGUUUUCUACGACUGCCAAAGCCAUUUUGGUGCGCCACAGAAUUGGUGACCCCGUACAAAAGGUUCUCGUUUCCUGUUAAAGAAUCUGAAUGCCACUUCCCAAGUGGCUAUUUAUUGAGAUAUGAGGCUAUCGAAGUUAAAAAGUGCAUUGACGAAGGUCUGAAGGAGUCUCCAUUGCUAACCCUGGAUGAAUCUUUGCUGAUAGCCAAGAUUAUGGAAGAAAGUCGGAAACAGAUGGGAGUCCUAAGCGCGAAAACAAAUUUUCCUAUGGAUCCGGAUCCGGUUCCGUCUAUUGGUCGAGUGGAUGAGAUUGGCGAUGAUUUAGAGAGAAUUGGCGAUGAUCCGAACGCUGGAUUAUUCGAUGACAAGGAUGAGAUGCUGAGAUUUGUUCAAAGCCCUGGAGUAGAGCGAGAACUGGACGAUGAUGAUCGAAACUCACGCAUUCCCGGAGCACAUUCUAUUUGCAACCUAAGCCAGCUGUCGAAAUGUUUGCAGCACUCGGGGAAUCAAAAUGACGACGCAUUGGCGAAUGAUAUUGACAUCAAAUCUGGCAACACGGACAGCGAAGAAUCUGAUGACGAUGACGACGACGACGUUCAAGGCUCUAAAAUUGAAGGGUCUUACAAUCCGGCGGAGUAUGAGAAUUUACCCGUCAGUGGAGAGAUCAAAUCAUUGUUUCAGUACAUAAUGCGGUAUACACCACAAACGAUUGAACUGGAUCACCGUCUGAAGCCCUUCAUUCCGGAUUAUAUCCCCGCUGUCGGUGAUAUUGACGCUUUCAUUAAGAUUCCGAAGCCCAUGGGUGGGGUACAGGCCAAGGCCAACACGAUUGCCGAUGGCGGAACGCUUGGUCUGACGUGUCUCGAUGAACCUGCUGCGAAGCAAAGUGACCCCACCGUUCUCGAUCUUACUUUGAGAGCCGUUGUGAAACAGACAUCUGCCAAAGCUGUGGCAGUCAAAACAGUGGAGGAAGCAGAGAAAAAUGCGAAGUCAAUCGAGAAAUGGAUCAAGGACAUCUCUGAUUUGCACCGAUCAAAGCCACCUCCCACAGUUCAUUAUUCCAAACCCAUGCCUGAUAUUGACACACUUAUGCAAGAAUGGCCUGCGGAUUUUGAAGAAGCCUUGCGAGAAGUUGGAAUACCAAACGCGGAACUGGAGUGUACUUUGCAAGAGUACACUGAUUUAACAUGCGGGUUGUUGGACAUCCCAGUGUACAAGAGCAGAAUCCAGUCUCUGCACGUUUUAUUCACGUUGUUCUCCGCAUUCAAACAAUCUCAGCAUUUUCAAGCAUUCAACAAACAGCCGGGAGAGAGUGUUGGAAUCGAACCCGACCGUUUGGUAUUCGAAUGA